AUGACUUCCAACAAGUCCGUCCUCAUCACCGGCUGCAGUGAUGGCGGUAUCGGUUCUGCUCUCGCUAUUGUCUUCCAGCAGGCUGGAUAUCGUGUGUUUGCGACCGCUCGAAACCCAGAGAAGAUGCAGAAUCUCAAGGACCUGUCGAACCUCACUCUCUUAACGCUCGAUGUGACCGACUCGACCCAUAUCAGCGCCGCCGUGGAAGCCGUCAGCAGGGAAACAGACGGAAACUUGACAUAUCUUAUCAACAACGCCGGCCGAAACCACUUCAUGCCCAUUCUGGAUGAAGACAUCGAUGCAGCGAAGAGGAUCUACGAGACGAAUGUCUGGGGGCCGGUGGCUAUCACAAAGGCGUUUGCACCGCUCCUUAUCAAGGCCAAGGGAACGAUCGUGUUCACCACUUCUAUCUCUGGCUAUGUGAAUGUUCCUUACAUGGGUGUGUACGGCGCUUCGAAACGCUCCAUCGAGAUCAUCGCGGAAACCCUCCGUCUCGAGAUGGCCCCAUUCCACGUGAACGUUCUGUCGGUAGUGACCGGUGCUGUCAAAACAAACGGCCAAACAUACUUCCAGGACUGGAAACUGCCCGAGGACUCUCUAUACAAGCCGAUCGAAGAUACCAUCCACAAGCGAACACGGGGCGCAGACGGCGUCAAGCGCAUGGAGUUGAUGGAGUAUGCUACAAAAGUCGUCCAUGAAAUCGUUGGAGGACAUACGGGCAAGUUUUGGUACGGCAACAAUGCCGGGGGCGUCAAGUUCGGCUCUACGUAUCUCCCCAGUUCGAUGAUGGACAGCGGAGUCGUCAAAGGGACCGGCCUAGAUGUCUUGGCGAAGCAGCGCUUGUGA